AGCAAGGAUACCAAUGAUUGAAGAUACGGGUUGUUUCAUCUGUGUUUUUUGUCAAUGAAAUGAAAUUCAAUUGGAAGGCCCCAGGCCAUAUCGCCCGCAAAAAAUCCCUCAAAAUCAUCCGCACAGUUUUCGUAUGUGACGUCUUUGCAUUCACCCCUCGCCCCCAUUUCGAUGCUUAGCUUUCGACUUCUUUUUGGCUCUGACAUAGACGACGCAGCGUAGCUGUGGUCAUCGUAGUUGUUUAGGACGGAGCGCUAGUUCACUCCGACGAGGCCGCUUUGUGCAGUGCAGAGGGCAAGAGAUUGGAGAAGCUAGGCAGUUGCGCAUGCGCUUAGGGUCUAGUAUAGAUGUCUCGCACGGCCGGAUGGUUUUUAAAUGGGGGCGAGCGAGGUGCUGAGGUAGGUAGCAACUUUGGCGAGGCACAAAGAGGAGGCCAGUGAGGCGGUGUGUGCACUCAAAUAGCUAAACCGCCACUACUCGGUGCUGUGGAAAGCCAUAUGCAGUUGCGCGCCCCCUCGUCUCCUCUGGGGGCUUUAGCAAGCAGCGUCAGCGCCAGGCCAACUCCGGCAAACGGGCCGACGGUUGGGCGGCAAGUACUUAGAAAACAACCGUAGCGGGAGCAUGCAUUUUGUAAAUAGGCCCCGGCACAGCGGCCGACGCUCCAGGUCCUGGCCAAAAAAACUGCCAGUGCCGAGGCGGGGCCCUCCCGGCCGCCCGCCAAGAAGGGGCGGGGCGGCGGGCCCGCCCCGCCAGGAUCGGGCCGGAAAUCGGCGCCAACGGGGCGAUGCAGAAUUUCCGCAGAAUUUGUCGAUGGCCCGAAAAAUGGGCGCUGCAAAAUCGUCCGCAAAAUCGCCCGCAAAACCUCCCGCAAAAUUUCGCAAGGGCGCCGAAUUCGGCCUCGAAAAAUCGCCCGCAAAAUCGCCCGCAAAAAUUAUCCGGCCGCAAAAUCGCGGCUCAGAAAUCGGCCGCAAAAUCACCCGCAAAAUCGCCCGCAAAAUUUUAUAGGCGAAAUCGCAUUCCGUCAAUUUUCAAUGUUGUCCACUCUCAAAUCCAGCAAGGAUACCAAUGAUUGAAGAUAGUAGAGAGACCUAUAGUACUGACAGCGACUUGGCUCAAAGUUGUGGUAAAAGCUGGGCGAAAGCUAUAGGGGCCAACUUUUUUCGUGAAUCUGCACGCUAUUGCAACGGCAACUUGGCUCAAAGUUGGCUCAAAGUUGGGUCGAAGCUCUAGACCUAAGCAUUUUUUUGCUUCUAUUUUCUUCUGAAGCACGACACUAUUGCAACAAAUCUGUGUGAUAUGAGCUCUAGACGUUCACAGACGGCGAAUUGCAAAUCAGCAUGCUAUGACUGGGAAAAGUUGGCUCAAAUAUGGGUCAAAGCUCUAGAGCUUUUUUUACAAAAUGGCCCGCAAAAAACGCCGGAAAACCUAGACGAAUCAACUUCCCAGGUUGCCUAUGAGGACGAGGGGCGCCACGGGCCCAAUAGCUUCAUCCCAGUUGAGCUCUUCUGCAGGUCAAUAACGACUGCGAAACUCCCCGGGGUAGCUACUCCCCCAGGCGGAUUUUUUCUUUUUUGCUUUGCCCGGGCGGCCGGCUGCGAAAAAUAAAAACCUGGCCAGAAGAACGAGCAGAAAAACAGAAACGCGCGCGCCGCCACUGCUUAUAUGUUAAUAUUUCAAGUCCAGACGCGCCGCCGCUCCGGGCCAACGAUCAAGACGCAAGAAAACGUCGCUCCGGCCCCGCAAGCGAGCU